GCUCAGGGCCGGGCGCCCCCCCCCCGGGCUGCCCCUGGCCCAGCAGCGACCACAGCGGGGCCUGGAGCCUGCGGCGUGUCCGCUCCUGCCUCGGGCGGGCCGCAGGGGGCUGCCCCCUUCCCCUCUCCAGCCCCUGGCCCCGGGGGAAGGCGCAGCCGGCAGCUGCGAAGAGCCGAGCCGCUGGAGGGACGCCCCGCACGCCCGGUCCAGGCGAGCUGCGGGUUUGCCCGCGGAGCCCUGGGGAUGCUCUGGGCUGGCCAGAGACCCGCCUGCAGGUGACCCCCGAGCAGAGCCCGGCUGGGCUGAAACCCGGCCAGGGAUGGGGAAUCCGCCCGCCCCGCGGCGCAGCGUUGUCCCAGGGCUUAAUUACCCUCCCCAGUAAAGUCCCUGAGCCUUGGGCCAGCAGGGACCGAUCCAGCCCCCGCAUUUCCCGGCGUUUUCUAAUCAUGGGCCGGGUGACGUUUGAGGAGGUGGCCGUCUGGUUUUCCCGGGAGGAGUGGGAGAUGCUGGCAGACUGGCAGAAGGAGCUGUACCGGGCCGUGAUGCUGGAAAACUAUGAGCAUCUAUUUCUUCUAGGCCAUGCAGAUGCCAAACCUGAGAUCAUAACCAAACUUGAACGAGGAGAAGAGCUGUGUGUCGGGGACCAGCAGGCCCCGGAGGGGAGAGAAAUUCUUCCGAGUGCUUCCAGGGGGAAUUGGUCCAGGAAGAAAACUAAAAGGGAGUCGGACCUGCAAGAAUGUCGUGGAAACCCGGACGCUCAAGGGACCUCAUCUAAAACGUUCAAAGAGAAAGUUUUGUGCAAACAAACCAGAAGAUCCAGCAAACUCACCAGCGACCCCGAUCUCCAGAGCUGCCGCACAAAAGAGAAGCAGCUGAAAUGUACCGAGUGUGGGAAAAGCUUCACCAGGAGGCAGAAUCUGAGCACGCACAAGAGAAUCCACACUGGAGAGAGACCGUACGAGUGCAGCGAGUGUGGGAAGAGGUUCAGCCGCAUGCAGCACCUCGUGUCGCACCAGCGCAUCCACACGGGCGAGCGACCCUACCAGUGCACCGAGUGCGGGAAGAGCUUCAGCCAGAAGUCCAACCUCCUCACGCACCAGACCAUCCACACGGGGGAGAGGCCCUUUAAAUGCACGGAGUGUGGGAAGAGGUUCAGCCAGAGAGUCUACCUGACCCAGCACCAGAAAACCCACACGGGAGAGAAGCCGCAUAAAUGCCUGGAGUGCGGGAAGAGUUUCAUCCAGAGGAAGGUGCUCCUGACGCACCAGAAAAGUCAUGCCGGGGAGGGAGGGCCGUACCUAUGUGCCGACUGUGGGAAAUGCUUCACCACACGGCCAGGGCUGAGGUAUCACCAGAGAAUCCACACCGGGGAGCGGCCAUACCCCUGCGCCCUGUGCGGGAAAGGUUUCGCCACCAAUUCCCGCCUGAAAUAUCAUCAGCGGAUCCAUUCGGGAGAGAGGCCUUAUCAGUGCAGCGACUGCGACAAGCGCUUCCGGCACAAGUCGGCUCUGGCCUCUCACCAGGGCAUCCACACCGGUGAGAGGCCUUACAAAUGCACCGAGUGCGGGAGCAGCUUCCGCCGCCGGAACGGGCUUGUCAAGCACCAAAGGAUCCACACGGGGGAGCGCCCCUACCCGUGCGCAGAGUGCGGGAAGAGCUUCAGCACGAGGAGCACGCUCACGGAUCACCAGAGGACCCACACCGGGGAGAGACCCUACACCUGCAGCCACUGCGGGAAAAGCUUCAACCGGGUCUCGCAGCGCCGCAAACACCAGAGAAUCCACACGAAAAAGCGACCGGAAUGUGCAGAGUGUGGGAAAAGGUUCCGGAGUGAGAAGGAGCUCGCCACGCACCAGAGGGUCCACACCGGAGAGAAGCCAUACCAGUGUCCCCAGUGCCAGAGGAGCUACCAUCGGAAGAACGAACUGGCCAAGCACCUGAAAAGCCAUGCGGGGAAGAAGCCGUAACCUCGUGCUUAUGGAAGCUGGGCGUGAACAUGUACCAGCCCUCCGGGCCCGGCACUGCCCCAUUCCAGGAGCGUCUCCAAGAGACGUAUCUGUGAGUUAGGAAUGUGGGGAGGGAGAGGGAGUGGUCUUGGGAGGGCAGGGUGUGGUCAGGGAAGUAUCUCCCGACUGCUGCCCCUGUUCAGGGCCUGAGCCGGGAUUCCAAGGUGCCAGUGGGGCUGGAACCCUCUGCUCUUAAUACUGAGGGAUCAGGUUGGUUCUGUAUGAUCCAUCUAGCCUCUCUUUCACCAGACACACAGAGCAAGGGAGUCUGGGAAUUGUAGGCUCCAGGAAAGCCAGGACUGUAAUAGGCCCAUUGAGGAAGGGCUGGGGUAUAUAAGAAUCUACCUUCCUUCAAAUGCGAGAGAGACUCAGAGGGAGCCAGGAGGGGUCUCAGAGAAGAAGGGGCAGCUUAUCUAUUGUAUGGAUUGUUUUGCUCAUUUUACCGAGACUGAACUUUUGAUUUAGGGGUUGUCUACACACAAGUUUGCACCAAUUUAGUUAAACUAGUACAAGCCCUGUGUGGACACUCUUACUUCCGUUUAUUUGGGCUUAGAUUAAAUCUGUUCCUGGUCAGUUUAAAAUAAAUGAAGUAAGCCUGGUUUGAAGAGAGAGAAAAGUGUUCACAUGGGUUUUUGGCUCUUUUCAUUAAAGAGGAUCAAUCU